CUCUGACUUUGAACUCUGGGACGCGAUAAGCCUUGCUCUCCACAAUCUACAACAAAGACCUUAGGCUCGUAGAGCCUUGGAGAAUCUGAAGAAAUGUCUACCUACAUGUGGACCCUAUGUACUCACUCAUUGUGAUCUUACCUCACGUGCAGCACAUGACCGCUGGGAGCUCAGGGGCCUCCUGCAAAAAUCCUUUGUUACAAAAAGACUAGACAUCACCCACGAGCGAGCUGUCUUCGCUGAUUUCAUCAACUAUGAACAACAAUGAUGGCCCUGAGCUGAUCGGUCUUGGCCGAACUGGACGCGUGAUGCGGUACGGAAAUAUUGCAGUGAAAACUGCCAAUAUUUGGACGGCGCCCGAGGACGCGUCCGAGAGAACAAGAAUUGGCUGGGAGCACAUGAUUGAGCUGAACAUGGAGUCCCUGAAACAUGAGGGACUUGUAUAUUGCCAUCUUGGGCAUGUCCAAGGCGUAAUAAAGCCCUGCAAGGUCUCCGACACUGAGAUUCAGAUGCCAUAUCUACGCCAAGGGUCACUCAGCGGCUAUCUGCGUGCUCAUAGUGAUAGCGUGGACAGCAUUCAACGAUCACGAUGGCUCCAGGAAGCUGCCCACACCAUCCGUCGGGUACACGAGCGGCGGGUAUUGGUUGCUGACAUUGCGACACGAAAUUUCCUGCUCGACGAGAAUCUUUCUCUCCAAAUGUGCGAUUUCACCGAGUCUGUCAUUGUUUCGAACGACGAGGAAAUGGCCAAUUUCGUAUCUGAAGACUUCGUUUCAGUCAAGUUCGACAUUGCGCGCUUCGGCUCGAUGAUGUACGAGGUCACCUCCGGAAGCCGAUACGAAUUCUACGUAGUACCCGAAAUCGAUACCGAUCUAGAUGACGAUCCAGAGUCCAAGACAUUCAAGGCGUGGCCGACUGCUGAGAAACUUCCAAAUACGGAUAAUGUGUUCUUGGGGGGUAUAAUCAGGAGAUGCUGGGUUAGGGACGGAUUUCUCACGAUGCAGGAAGUUUGUCACGCCUUGGAUAAUGCUGAUCAAAAGCCAGCAGCCUUAAAGGCUUCUGCAACUUACUGGAAAGACACGGAUAUUAUCAAAGUCGAGCUCAUCCCAGAGCGUGAGCUACCUAAUCCAGGCCCCAGCCAGGGUAUCAUUACUUUCUGUAUCAUCCUCCGCGCUGGCGAGGAUGUGAGAAUCAUCCAUUGA